AUGGAGGUCAAUGGAAGUGAAUGGACAAUUAGAAAACUACUUACAGAAACUGAUUGCAGCAAUGGUCGAAAAUACAUAAUCUUGGAGAAGACGAUUGUGGAUGAACACAUUCUACCAUACUGGUCGGUGGCAACGGUGGAGAGAUCGAGAAUUGAAGAUGUCAAAAUCAUGAUGGAGGAUGUUGACACUAACACACAACAUCAGGUCAACUUUCGUUACUACAAAGAGAGUGAUUCCUACAGUAUUCAAGGUCUUUGGCGUGUUAAUUUUGUGGAGAGGAGAUUACUUGCUGCUGGAGAUGAAAUUGGAAUUCGCUACAAUCCUUUCUCUUCGAAUUUCUCUUUCUCUGUUUUAAAACGAGUGUAA